AUGAAGGAGGCACUGAACAAAGCGCCCCAACCGGCGGUGCGGCAGGUGCGCGCCGUGGUGGUCUGCCGGCCGCCUGUGGCGCAUGACAGCCGGCGCUUGAGCGCCGUCGGCAGCGCGGCGGCGGGCGGCGGGUUUGGCCUGGAAGAGCUCGACAUUACCGACCCUGCUGCCGGCGGCGAGGUGCCGCUGGGUGCGCCGCCAGACGCCGACCCCAUCCGCGACAUUGCCGUGGGCAAGGAUGCGGUGCUGCGCAUGCCGCUGUAUGGGCACCGCGGCGCGCCGGCAGCCGACCUGUGCCGGAGGGAGGUGGCGCCGCUGCUGGCGCGGGUGCUGGCUGGCGAGAGCGCAGCGGUCAUUGCAUACGGCCAGACAGGCAGUGGCAAAUCUUUCACGCUGGGAACGCAGAAGUAUGAGGAGGGGGAGGGCCCAGAUGAGCACUCUGUGAGCUCCUUCUGCGCCCAGGGCGUGUUUGCCCUGGCCCGGGAGAGCGGCGUGAAGGAGCUGGAGGUGUCGUUUGCCGCCGUCGAGAUCUACCGCGAGGGCCAGGGCUCGGAGCGGCUGUUCGACCUGCAGACGCUUGAGCGCAAGCGGGUGGAAAGCUUCGAGAAAGACGCCAAGUGGGAGCGCUCCACCUCCGCCACAGACCUCCAGCGCAAGCUGCUGUAUGCUGCGUACCUGCGCAACACCGACCGCACCGACGGCAACGCGCGCAGCAGCCGCUCCCACGCCAUCUUUGUCAUCCAGGUUCAGUUCAAGCGGCGGCAGGAGGAGGGCGGCGCCGUGCAGCGCAUCAAGGCCCGCCUCAUGCUCGUGGACCUGGCCGGCUCGGAGCGGGCCGCGCUGGCGCAGGCUGGCAGCGCCAGCCAGAAGCAGGGCUCUGGCAUCAACGUGGGACUGCUGUUCCUGGGCACGAUCAUCAAGGAGCUGGCUGAGCGCGGGGAGACCCACAACUACCGCAGCAGCAAGCUGACCUGGCUGCUGAAGCCCGCGCUGGGCGGCGGCAGCAGCGAGGUGUCCAGCAGCUGCAACACGCUCAUCCUGGGGUGCAUCGCGCCGCUGGCGCUGCACCUGGGCAACACCAGCGCCACGCUGGAGUUUCUGCGGUCGGCGGGUAUGGUGAAGAACGUGGUGUGCGCUGACGUGCAGAUGCUGCGGCAGCAGGAGCUGGCAGCGCAGGUGGAGGACCUCAAGCGCCAGCUGCGCGGCAUGCAGCUGCAGCUCAGCCAGCAGCAGAUGCACCAGGGCUUCGCGGCACCUGUCGAGCCCGGCCCCGCCCCGCUCUCGCCUCCCUCACAGCAUGAGGAGGCGGCGGGCGGCCAGGACAGCCCACACCAGGCCGCCGCCUCCGCUGCCGCUGCCGCGGCUGCUGCUGCUGCUGCUGCUGAGGCAGACGAGCGGGUUGCCCUUUUGGAGGCCAAGCUGGCAGCUGCACAGAAGGAGCUGGUUGUGCAGCGGGACCGUGCAGACGCGUAUGAGGCGCUGCUGCGUCAGCAGGAGAAAGCGGGAGCCGCAGCUGCCGCAGAGGUCGCCGCCGCCAGGGCUGCCCAGGCGGCAGAAGCGCCAGGUGCCGAGGCGGCAGGCGAGGGCGGCGAUGCCGGAGAGCUGCCAGAAGCUAUGGCCGCCAGCCCCAGCGCCGUGGCUGCCGCCCCAGGCUCGUCGCCAGCGGCCUCGCUGCCGCCAUCAACCGCCGUGGCUGCGGCGGGCGGCGUGCAUGCCACGCCUGCCAGCGGCCUCGCCGCCGGUCGCCCCUCAGCCGCCCUGCUGGCCGCCUCGCCGCUGCUGGCGGCGAGCCGGGAGGUGGCGGAGUGGGUGGCGGAUGCGGCGGCGGCGCAGGCGGCGACGCCGCCGGGGCAGCGCCUGCCGCUGCUGGCCUUGCUGCCUGGCGUGGAGGACAUCUGCGCUGAGCGAGAGUCGCACAUGCAGCCUGAGGAGCUUGCUGCCCUCAGGGACAAGGUUGAGCGGGUGCUGGGCGGGGCGCGCGGCGGCGACGACCGCGCCCAGGCGCUGGCGUUUGCAGAGGCCGCCCUCUACUCCGUGCUCGCCUACAACGCCUGCCUGGGCGGGGCGGUGACGCGGGCGGAGGAUGCGGGGGAGGACCUGGCGGCGGCGGUGCAGCAGUACGACCAGGAGUUUGGCCAGCUGUACCAGGAGAAGGUGGCGUACAUGAAGCGCACGGCGGCGGCAGAGGGAGGGCUGGCCCAGUACGAGGCUCAGGUGGAGCACCUGCAGGCGCGGCUGGCGGCGGCGGAGAAGGCGCUGCAGCAGCAGGCAGAGGCGCAGCAGGGCACGCCCGGGCGCUGGGGGUCCCUGGGGCGACUGAUCAGCGGCGGCGGGCGCUCGCCGGCUGGCGGCGGCGGCGGCGGCGGGCCCGACUCCCGCCGCUCCUCCCUCACAGGCUCCCCCAGCACCUCUCCGCGCUUCUCUGGCGGCGGCAGCGGCCACCCGCAGCAGCAGCUGUUUGGCUCGCCCUCGCCCUCCCGUCUGGGCCAGCAGCAGCAGCAGCAGCAGGAGAGGAAGCAGCAGCAGGCGGGCUCGGAGGAAGGCGCGGGGGCAGCUGCAGGCCGGCGCAUCACUGUGGCGGCCGUGCAGCAGACAGAGUCGGCGACGGCGGCGGCCGCCGCGGCUGUGCUGGCCAGCAAGCAGAGCAAGGCGGCCGCGGCGCUGCUGGCUGGCGGUGCGGCAGCAGAGCAGGAUGGGGGCCCGCUGAUCAAGGCCGUCGGGCUGGCCGCCACGCCACCAGCGCCUACUGCACAAGAACAGCCGCAGGCGCUCCCCAGCAAGCUGCGCCUGCUGCAGCCGCAGGCAGCUGGUCGGCCGCAGGAGCAGGCGGCUCAGCAGCGGGAGGCGCAGCAGGAGCCGGAGCCUGCGAGCGGGGGCUGCAUGCUGCAAGAUGGCGAGCAGCCAGUCUCGGCAAGCAGCGAUGUGGAGACUCCUCUGGAAAGCCCAGAGCUGUCAUGCAUCGUGGCAGACAGCACUCACAGCAGCGCAGGCCUGGAGGGCCCAGCACCGGAGCCAGCAGCUGCAGGGGCUGCUGCCGUGGCGGAAGGCGGGCAGCAGGAGGGCGUUGCUGCAGCUGUAGCGCAGGCGGAUGUAGACAUGGCAGAGGCGGGGAGCGAGGUGCAGGAGCAGGCUGCUCAGCCGGCCGAGCAGCCGCCGCAGAAGCAGCAGCCUGGGCAGCCCCCGGCGGCGGCGGCCGCACAGCAGCAGCCAGCGCAGGUGCCAGAGUGGCUGAACAUGAAGGUCUUGGUGCCUGCGGCGGCGUUGGGCCGCAGGGGCAGGGGCGGAGCCGCCUCCCGCGGCUACCAGGAGCUUGAUCUGGACCCCCACACCGGCACCUUCUCCCUGCCAGACAGCGAGGCCCUUGUGGACCCACUGCCCGGUCUCCUCAAGGCGAUGCCGGCUGGCGAGCCCUGGCAGCGCGGCGUGCUGCUCAAGGCGCUGUCGCCCGCCGGCGGCCAGUUCCGGGCGACGGGCGUCACGCUGGAGCGGUGGCAGCAGCGGCGCAUGCUGCGGGCCGGCCGCUGCCACUUCUGCUGCCUCGAGGCGCCCGACCCCGCCCUGCGUCACCCGGAGGCGGCCUUUGCAGCGCUGCGGCUGUGCGGCGACUGCCACGCGACACUGGAGCCUGACUCGUGGCGCACACCUCACUGGGGCCGCGCUGUGCUGCUGCUGGCGGGACGCAGGGGCGAGGUGUGGAGGUCGCAGGACCCUGCAGAUCCUGGAUACCAGUACUGCCUCAUGUGUGGCGGCGCAGGCGUGGGCUGCACCGAGCAUCUUGUGAUGUGCGCAGACUGCCAGCAGUGCGGCUUCUGCACCGGCUGCCUGUGGCGCUUCUCGGGCGAUGAUGUGGCGGCUCUGAUGCGAGACGACGCCCCCUUCACCUGCCUGCUGUGCCGCCCAGAGCCACGCCUGCAGCUGCUGUAUGCUGAGGAUGCCCCCCCAGGCAGCCCGCCGGCCCCGGCACGCCGCCGCGGCACGGGCCGGGACGGCGGCGGCAGCCGGGGCGGGCGCGGCAGCCGGGCUGCCAGCCGGGGCCCGGCGGCGGAGCCUGCGGGCGGCCGGGGGCGCGGCGGCCGGCCGCGGCAUGCGGCGCAGCGGGAGCAGACUCCAGAGGAGUUCCGGGAUUGCCAUUUCAUUGUCGAUCUCACUGGCGGCAGCAGCGAGGAUGAGGAGGAGAGCAGCAGCGCCGCCAGCAGCAGCAGCAGCAGCAGCAGCAGCGGUGAGGAGGCGACGGAGACGCCGCCUCGCCGGCGGCAGCCGGCCUCGCGGCAGCGGCCGCCCCGGGGCGCCGAUGCGAGGGGCGGCGCAGCCAAGGAGCGGGCGGGGUCGCAGGCUCCGCGGGGCCGCAGGCCGGCCGGCGGCGCCAAGGCAGCGGCGGGCUCGGCGGCGGCUGCAGCGGCGGCGGCGGUGGCAGAUGCCAUUCAGGCCCGCAAGCGCAACCGGCUGCUGGCCAAAGGCGAUCUGAUCGACUCGCCCGGCACCGACGGCGAGCGGCCCGCGCUGCAGCGCCAGCGCAUGCUGCACCAGCACCAGCAUCGGCGGCUGCAGCAGCUGCACCCGGGCGGCGACGCCGCGGGCGCGGGCGCUGCAGCGGCCGGCGGCGGCGGCGGCGUGUCGACCCAGCCCAGCCUCAGCACACAACUCAGGGACCUCCUGCACCUGUGA